AUGAGUUCUAAAUCAGAUGUAAACAGAAGAGUCCUCGCCAUUCAGGCGAAAAAGAAAAGGCAUAAACUCGGAAAGAAGAAAAAUCGUGAGGAAGAUCACGGCGCUGGUGGACAAGGAAACGGGCUGCGCAAUCAAAACCAGAAUCGUCUUGAACCGACACACAGUUCUUCCAAUGAAACGAUUGAGGAGGAUGAAGAUGAACAAUAUGCUAGUGACGACGAGGAGCAGGAGGACAGCGCCGACUACUGCAAGGGUGGAUACCAUCCUGUCAAAAUCGGAGACCUAUUCCUGAAUCGCUACCACGUCACAAGGAAAUUGGGUUGGGGUCAUUUUUCUACCGUAUGGCUGUGUUGGGAUCUAGCUGACAAGCGAUUUGUCGCGCUAAAAGUAGUUAAGUCUGCACCUCAUUUUACAGAAACAGCUUUAGAUGAGAUUAAGAUAUUAAAAGCUGUCCGUGACAGUGAUCCUACGGAUCCUAAGAGGAAUAAAACAGUUCAAUUGCUUAAUGAUUUUAAAAUAACAGGGGUGAAUGGAACUCAUGUGUGCAUGGUGUUUGAGGUCUUAGGACAUCACCUAUUAAAGUUAAUACUAAAGUCUAAUUACCGAGGCAUUCCCCGUGAAAAUGUUAAAACUAUUAUCCGCCAAGUACUGGAGGGCUUGGAUUAUCUUCAUACUAAAUGUAAAAUAAUUCAUACUGAUAUAAAACCUGAAAAUGUUUUAGUGUGUGUUGAUGAAGCAUAUAUUCGUAAAUUGGCAGCAGAGGCUACUGAGCUACAUUCCUUGGGUCUCAGGUUACCUCAUUCUCUCAUCAGCACUGCACCAAAAGAGUUUCAAGAACAAGUAGUUACUGGCAAAAUGAGUAGAAAUAAAAAGAAAAAGUUAAAGAAAAAGGCAAAGCGCCAAUCUAUGCUUCUAAAAAAACAAAUGGAACAAAUAGAAGAAAUGGAAGAACAGAAAAAGACAGGUAACAAUAGUGAAUCUGCACCUAUGUCACAGGAUAAUGAUGAUUCCCCACCCACACCAGAAGAAGUCAGUGUAAUAGAGAAUACACGGUCUGAAAAUGAAUUGAAUAUAAAUGGCUGCAAUGACAUGCAAAGAGCAGAUGAUGAUGUUUUUGAUACAGAUGCUGAAUCGGUUCAAGUAAGAAGUAAGCAGUACGGUUGUGGAGAUGAUGCAGGCACACCUAUGUCUGAGGGAGAGAUGACUGAUACCCCACCUUCCUUUAAUUCACAAAAUAAAAGUAAAAUGGACAAGACACCGGACCCUGCAUUUGAUGUUUGCGAUGUGGAAGUCAAAAUUGCUGAUUUAGGAAAUGCUUGUUGGGUUCAUCGUCACUUUACAGAAGAUAUUCAAACUAGACAGUACAGAUCAUUAGAAGUUUUACUAAGUGCAGGUUAUGGCACAUCAGCUGACAUUUGGAGUACUGCCUGUAUGGCUUUUGAAUUAGCUACAGGGGACUACCUUUUUGAACCUCAUUCUGGGGAUGGUUAUAGCCGAGAUGAAGAUCACUUAGCUCAUAUCAUUGAGUUGCUUGGUGAUAUUCCUAAAAGAAUUGCUGCAUCAGGAAAGUACUCUAAAAUAUUUUUUAAUAAAAAAGGUGAACUUAGAAAUAUAACUGGAUUAAAGCCUUGGGGCUUAGUUUCUGUCCUAACUGAGAAAUAUGAAUGGAGCCAAACAGAUGCCGAGGAGUUUGCUGAUUUUUUGAAGCCCAUGUUGGACUUUGAUCCUAAUCGGCGAGCUACUGCUUAUGAGUGCCUUCAGCAUCCUUGGUUGAAGAUAGCAAAGCCAGAACAAAAUGAGUCUGAGGAA